CGCCUGCGGGGCCCAGACGUGGCGCAGCUACCGGGAGGAUCCCCUCCGGUUUGCGCAUCUUCUUCGGCCGGCCCCGAUGAGCCUCCUGCUGUCGUCGCCGCUGCAGUUGCUGCUGCUUCUUGCGGCGCUUGUGGCUUCAGCUACAGCCACAACUACUUACCGGCCAGACUGGAACCGUCUGCAGGGCUUGGCCCGGGCUCGGGUAGAGACAUGUGGGGGAUGACAGCUGAACCGCCUAAAGGAGGUGAAGGCUUUCGUCACUCAGGACAUUCCAUUCUACCACAACCUAGUGAUGAAACACCUCCCUGGAGCCGACCCAGAGCUUGUGCUGCUGGGCCGCCGCUAUGAAGAACUGGAGCGUAUCCCUCUCAGCGAAAUGACCCGUGAGGAGAUCAACGCACUGGUGCGGGAGCUUGGCUUCUACCGCAAGACGGCGCCCGACGCGCAAGUGCCCCCCGAAUACCUGUGGGCACCAGCUAGGUUCCCCGAGGGAACUUCGGAUCACACCGACCUGUAGUCCGGAGACGCGCGAACUAGAACCACCCUGCCUGAGUCCCGGAGACAGAAUGAAGCGCUCAGCAUCCCGGGAAUAUCUCCCUUGCUGAGCGCCGACUCCCCGUCCCCGAGCCUGCAGGAAUGGAGUUGGGAAGGUUUUUCCCAACCUGCUUUCUUCCAUCCCCAGCUCCAGUAAAUCCUUUCUGCCUAACUGA